CGGCAGCGCCUUUGUGGGGAGACGCCGUGUCGGCACCAGCGCCGCCCGCGCCGGGGCCGGGGCUCCCCGCCGCCCCCAUGAGCCGACUCUAGGGUCCGCGCUGCCGCACCCCUGCGCCCCAGGGGCUCGGGGUUGGUUGUCUUUGGUUCCCCCUUCCCCUUUUUUGUUUGUUUUUUUUUUUUCUUACAGUCUAUUUUUGUACACUUUGCUAUAAAACCAUGGUGCUGGGGAAGGUGAAGAGUCUGACGAUAAGCUUUGACUGUCUAAAUGACAGCAAUGUCCCCGUUUACUCUAGCGGGGAUACAGUCUCAGGAAGGGUCAGUCUAGAAGUGACUGGGGAAAUUAGAGUGAAAUCCCUUAAAAUCCAUGCGAGGGGACACGCUAAGGUGCGUUGGACUGAAUCGAGGAAUGCUGGAUCCAACACUGCCUAUACACAGAACUACACCGAAGAAGUGGAAUAUUUCAACCAUAAAGACAUCCUGAUCGGCCACGAGAGAGAUGAUGACAAUUCAGAAGAAGGCCUUCACACCAUCCAUUCAGGAAGGCAUGAAUAUGCAUUCAGCUUCGAGCUUCCACAGACACCACUUGCUACCUCAUUCGAAGGCAGACAUGGCAGUGUGCGCUAUUGGGUGAAAGCCGAAUUGCAUAGGCCUUGGUUUCUACCAGUAAAAUUAAAGAAGGAAUUUACAGUCUUUGAACAUAUAGAUAUCAACACUCCUUCAUUACUGUCACCCCAAGCAGGCACAAAAGAAAAAACUCUCUGUUGUUGGUUUUGUACCUCAGGCCCAAUAUCCUUAAGUGCCAAAAUUGAAAGGAAGGGCUACACCCCAGGUGAAUCAAUUCAGAUCUUUGCUGAGAUUGAGAACUGCUCUUCCCGUGUGGUGGUGCCAAAGGCAGCCAUUUACCAAACACAGGCAUUUUAUGCCAAAGGGAAAAUGAAGGAAGUCAAACAGCUUGUUGCCAACCUGCGUGGGGAAUCCUUGUCAUCUGGCAAAACAGAAACCUGGAAUGGCAAACAGUUGAAAAUUCCACCUGUUUCUCCUUCAAUCCUUGACUGUAGUAUAAUCCGUGUGGAGUAUUCACUGAUGGUAUAUGUGGAUAUUCCUGGUGCCAUGGAUUUAUUCCUUAACUUACCGCUGGUCAUUGGCACCAUUCCUCUACACCCGUUUGGUAGCAGAACAUCAAGUGUAAGCAGCCAGUGUAGCAUGAACAUGAAUUGGCUUGGUCUGACACUGCCUGAAAGACCAGAAGCACCUCCCAGCUAUGCAGAAGUGGUUACGGAGGAACAACGGCAGUCAAGCCUUGCACCCUUAGGUGCUUGUGAUGACUUUGAGAGAGCGCUUCCAGGGCCACUGUUUGCAUACAUCCAGGAGUUUCGUUUUCUGCCUCCACCCCUCUAUUCAGAAAUUGAUCCAAACCCAGAUCAGCCCGCAGAUGACAGACCGUCUUGCCCCUCUCGUUGAAGGAAUCCAUAAGAAGCUGACUCGACUUGGGUUUUGAAUCAUACCUGCCAUGUUGAAGGUCAAGGCAUCAUAGUGGAGACACACUUUCAAAGAAAGUGGGUUUGCUCUUGCCUGUGUGGUGAAAAAAUGAAAACAACCUGUGAUCAUGCUUUGAAGCCUACAGUAACACUGUAGGACUGCUCCACAUGCUUGAAGAACUGAGCUUUCCCCCCUCCCUCUUAAAUACUGGCACAUACUAGGAGCAGCCUUACUAACCUACAGUCAUGUGUGUCCAGCCACUCAAACCACAUUAAGAGAGGUUUGGCUUCCUCUUACAGUUUGGAAAUUUGCACAUGCUUAUUGCUUACAUUGUGCGGUUCAGUGUCACUACAGCUUUUUCUCAUUUAUGCCAGACAUUUGUUAUCCCCUUCUUAUUUUUUGUGGUCCGCACAAUAAGGAGCAAAAGAAAGCUUUGACAAAAAAGAAACAAAAAAAACCCCAACAGCAACAGACUUUGACAAAUGCACUGACUUCUCUUUUUUUUUUUUUUUAAUUUAAUGUAGCCUGGACUUUACCUGCGUAUGCACAUGCUCAGAAUUGUCCUAGUAGGCUGAUCGUGUAUCACCUCUUCAGCUUGGAUCCUAUUGUGGAUUUAUUUACAAACAUCAAAUGCCUUCAAGCCAAUCCUUCUUGCUGUAUGUUUUGCAGCCUACUGUAGUAGAUCAGCAACAGAUAUGGGGAUAGGGUGGGAGGGUAAAGAAUUAAUAGAAAGAAACUAAUAGACUUCAUCAAGAUUGUAUACUUUCUUGAUUUCUUUUAAGAAUUUGUUGCCUUUCUACUAUUAUCGCAAAGCAGCAUUUUGUUACAGACUGCCUAAAAAUCACUUAAUCUCAGGUGAACUCAUCACUUGCCAAACUGUUGGGAUGCUAUUUGUUUUUUUAUGUUGCACUGUUGAGUUAGUUCUUUUUUUGUUUUGUGUUUGUGUUUUGUUUUUAUUCUUUACUUGAGAGGGAGAUUUGGAAUAGGGACAUACACAAAAGUUACAAAACCCACCUCAUUCCCAUUUCUCUUUCUACGUUACAAAAAGAGAUGUGCAAGUUGUGAAGCUCUAAAAAAAAAAAAAAGGC